AUGGAGGACAACAACACAUGCCGCAGUGAUCGAGAGCAGUUGGGACUCAAGUUCACCAUUGACUACCUGUUGUACAAUAAGGGACGCAACACUGAGAGAGUUGAACCAGAGGACAAAACAUGCCCAUCUGAAGAGCUUCAAACCACAGUCAAUGAGCAAACACAAGGAACUCUCUCAUUCAAGGACAGUGAAAAAUCAGAGGAACAAGAAAAUGAAGAGGAUGGAUGUAAAGAGGAACACGAAAAACAGAAUCUACAGACUGAAGGAACAGAGGAGAAGCCAACCCAAUCCUACAUUGCCCUCAUUUCCAUGGCCAUCCUGGAUUCAGAAGAGAAGAAGCUUUUGCUAUGUGAUAUUUACCAGUGGAUCAUGGAUCACUAUCCUUACUUCAAAAGCAAGGACAAGAACUGGAGAAACAGUGUGAGGCACAACCUCUCUUUGAACGAGUGCUUCGUUAAAGUAGGUCGCAGUGACAAUGGCAAAGGCCAUUUCUGGGCUAUUCAUCCGGCCAACUUUCAAGACUUCUCUAACGGAGACUACCACCGCCGUCGAGCCCGGAGAAGAAUCCGCAGAGUAACGGGGCAGCUUACCUUCGCACUGCCUGCACAUUACCAGACCCUCAACCGUCUGAAACGGACACCAUGCUGGUGCUGCCCGCCAACCCAGUCAUUAAUGUGUUUCUCACCCAGAGUGUACUGGAGCUGGGCUGCACUUCAGACACAUCGCCCACCCUCUCUUCAUGCACUAAUAUGA